ACAGCGCAGUUCCACAUUUCGCCACAUGGAGGUAACAUCUAGUCUGAUUUUAUAGUCUGAUUUAUUCUUUAACAAAGAAGAAGUUUCAGGGUGGGGGGGCAGAUCUCCUUCUUCUUCUGCUGUUUUUUGUUCCCCUGUAGAAGGAGGAGAGCAGUGUUUGAAGCAGGACCAGCAGGAGCAGGACCAGGACCAGGACCAGGAGCAGGGACUCCUAUAUUCACACCGACCAGAAGAGCGCAGACACUGCGCUGAGCAAGAGCUGAGUCCCGGCGGCGGGAGGUCAUAGAGGGAAGACGCCGAAGUCGUGGGCCCGCAGCUCGGCCGUUUGUGACUCCAGUCUCCGCUCAGUGCCUGGAAGCUACCGUGGUUAGCCGCCUCCUCCUCCUCUUCCUCCUCCUUCUUCACCUUCUCAGCAGCAGCUGCUGCGGCUCUGGAGGCUCCAGCUCUGGGGCGGAGGGGCGGCAGGGCGGGAGUCUCUCACCCGGCGGUAGGAGCCUCAGCACCGGCAGCGGGAGCUGGAAGUCACAGCCGCUUCCAGGCUGAAGGGCCGGGGCUUUGGCCACAGCGGCCGGGAGCAGUUAGCUUCGAGCAGCGCAGCUAAGUGAAUGGGAUGGAGCCGGGACCGUCUGGCGCUGUGCCCAUGGGGGUUUUCCCCCCACCCAUACAGCAGGUGUUUCAUGCCCCACGCCGGCCAGGAAUGGGCACCGUGGGCAAACCUAUCAAGCUGCUGGCCAACUACUUUGAGGUGGAGAUCCCAAAGAUGGACGUCUACCACUAUGAGGUGGACAUCAAACCUGACAAAUGUCCACGCCGAGUCAACAGGGAGGUGGUGGAGUACAUGGUCCAACACUUCAAACCUCAGCUCUUUGGAGACAGGAAGCCGGUUUACGAUGGAAAGAAGAACAUCUACACGGUGCUAGCUCUUCCCAUUGGCAGUGAGAGGGUGGACUUUGAGGUGACCAUACCAGGAGAGGGGAAAGACAGAAUCUUCAAGGUAUCAAUCCGUUGGUUGGCUAAGGUAUCGUGGCGCCUCCUACAGGAGACUUUGGUCAGUGGCCGCCUGCAGGUUCCCCUGGACUCGGUUCAGGCCCUGGAUGUGGCCAUGCGCCACCUGGCAUCUAUGAGGUACACUCCUGUGGGGCGCUCCUUCUUCUCUCCUCCUGAAGGGUACUACCAUCCUCUGGGUGGAGGCAGAGAGGUGUGGUUUGGUUUCCAUCAGUCUGUACGGCCUGCCAUGUGGAAGAUGAUGCUCAACAUCGACGUGUCAGCCACAGCCUUCUACAAAGCCCAACCGGUCAUCGAGUUCAUGUGUGAGGUUCUGGACAUCCGUAACAUUGACGAGCAGCCCAAGACCCUGACCGACUCUCAGAGAGUCCGCUUCACCAAGGAGAUCAAAGGACUGAAGGUGGAGGUGACGCACUGCGGCCAAAUGAAGAGGAAGUACCGAGUGUGUAACGUCACCCGACGUCCCGCCAGUCAUCAGACGUUUCCUCUGCAGCUGGAGAGUGGACAGACAGUAGAAUGUACCGUGGCCCAGUACUUCAAACAGAAGUACAACCUCCAGCUCAAAUACCCUCAUCUGCCCUGUCUACAGGUGGGGCAGGAGCAGAAACACACCUACCUGCCCCUGGAGGUGUGUAACAUCGUAGCAGGUCAGCGCUGCAUCAAGAAGCUGACAGAUAACCAGACGUCCACCAUGAUCAAAGCUACGGCUCGCUCCGCUCCAGACAGACAGGAGGAGAUCAGCAGACUGAUGAAAAACGCAAACUUCAACCUGGACCCUUACAUCCAGGAGUUUGGAAUUAAAGUCAAAGACGACAUGGCGGAGGUGACGGGUCGAGUUUUGCCUGCUCCCAUCCUGCAAUACGGAGGAAGAAACCGGGCCAUCGCCACGCCCAACCAGGGGGUGUGGGACAUGAGGGGGAAACAGUUUUACAACGGGAUCGAGAUCAAAGUGUGGGCCAUCGCCUGCUUCGCUCCACAGAAACAGUGUCGAGAAGAAGUGCUAAAGAACUUCACAGACCAGCUGAGGAAGAUCUCUAAGGAUGCUGGGAUGCCCAUCCAGGGUCAGCCAUGUUUCUGUAAAUACGCCCAGGGAGCAGACAGUGUGGAGCCCAUGUUCCGACACCUGAAGAACACGUAUUCUGGGCUGCAGCUCAUCAUCGUCAUCCUGCCGGGGAAAACUCCAGUCUACGCGGAGGUGAAGCGUGUGGGCGACACACUCCUGGGCAUGGCCACACAGUGUGUUCAGGUGAAGAACGUGGUGAAGACGUCUCCUCAGACCCUCUCCAACCUCUGCCUGAAGAUCAACGUGAAGCUGGGAGGAAUCAACAACAUCCUGGUUCCUCACCAACGGUCAGCAGUUUUUCAGCAGCCAGUGAUUUUCCUGGGAGCCGACGUGACUCAUCCCCCUGCUGGUGACGGGAAGAAACCCUCCAUCACUGCUGUGGUGGGCAGCAUGGACGCUCAUCCAAGCAGGUACUGUGCCACAGUGCGGGUCCAGAGACCCAGACAGGAAAUCAUUGAGGACUUGUCCUACAUGGUCCGAGAACUCCUGAUCCAGUUCUACAAGUCGACCCGGUUCAAACCUACCAGGAUCAUCUUCUACAGAGACGGCGUUCCCGAGGGACAGCUGCCUCAGAUCCUCCACUACGAGCUGCUGGCCAUCAGAGACGCCUGCAUUAAGCUGGAGAAGGACUAUCAGCCGGGAAUCACCUACAUCGUGGUGCAGAAACGUCAUCACACUCGACUCUUCUGCGCCGACAAGUCAGAGAGAAUUGGGAAAAGUGGGAACAUUCCUGCAGGAACGACGGUGGACACCAGCAUCACUCAUCCCUUUGAGUUUGACUUCUAUCUGUGCAGCCACGCAGGAAUCCAGGGUACGAGUCGUCCGUCUCAUUACUACGUCCUCUGGGACGACAAUCGCUUCACGGCGGACGAACUGCAGAUUCUGACCUACCAGCUGUGCCACACCUACGUCCGCUGCACACGCUCCGUUUCCAUCCCCGCUCCGGCCUACUACGCCCGACUGGUGGCCUUCAGAGCUCGCUACCAUCUAGUUGACAAAGAGCACGACAGUGGUGAGGGGAGUCAUGUGUCUGGGCAGAGUAACGGUCGUGACCCUCAGGCUCUGGCUAAAGCUGUUCAGAUCCACCACGACACACUGAGGACCAUGUACUUCGCUUGAGCGCCACCUAUUCUUCCCAACCCUUUCCCCAUUCUUUCCCUGAGUAGGAGCACUAUCGUUGCCCCGUUUCCCACCUGACUCCGCCCCCUUUUCACCGGUGACUCUUCAUGCACUCAAAGGUUCUGAAUUUGAUUUUUUUUUUUUUACUUUUACCAGGACUGUUGUUUUUAUGUUGACUUUUUCAAACCGCAUUAUGUCAUGAGUUUUUAUUUAACGCAUGGUUCACACUCCCAUGGAAGUACGUACACAAUAUGGAUGGGAGGAGGAAUUUUUUUUUUUUUUACUGCCACCACAUGCUGCCUCUAAACCCAUCCAAACCCUGGAUGACAGUAUUCCAAGACUCCGAAGGGGGAACGUUCGGGGGGUUUUCUGAGCGUAAAUCCACUGACACAUAUUCAGUGAGCGCCCCCUGCUGCUAUAGCCAAAUUUGCUUACUCUUCCACGCCAAACCUGAAGUACUGCGUGAGUGUCAGUGAAAUUAUCUCACAACGGUUGUUGAUCCUCACUGAAUUGAAAUGUCUUAAUUUUUACCAUCACCGUUCAGUGACACAAACUGACCACAGGUAGCAGCAGUGAACCAGGAGCACAUGUGUCUGUGUGAGCUAAAAUCACUCAUUUUCUCUAUGGACUUUGGUGUUGAAGAGUGAAUGGUUUACAAACUUACUUUUCUCAAUGGGAAAACCUUAAAUGUAACCUUUUUUCCUGAAGUCUCGGCAGGCAGCAGUUUAGCAGAGAGCUAGCCUGUGUGUUUUAGCUUGGUUGUGGCAACAGGAGGCGCUCACUGACCCCACAUCAGUGAAACACUACAUGGAAAACCCACUGAAGUGUCCCUUUAACUCGUGGAUCAUUGAGGGGCGUGGUUUUUCUGUGCACGCACAAUGACACGUAUCAUGUUAAUGUUGUCAUUUUUAUUUGAAUGUUUUUUUUAAUAAUGUUUUUUAAACUGCCUUGAGGAGGUUUGGUACAUUAGCACUUAGUGUUAGCAUUAGCAUGUGCCAUCAGUCCUGCACAUAAUUUUAUUUUAUUUUUUUUAUAUAUAUAUUUUUUAAUUUGUAGUACUUUUGAGGCUUCCCCUCUGGUCCUUAGGCUAGCAGGGUUAGCUUGUGCUGGUUAGUGUGUCCCUAACAGAUUUAGCCUUUAGCUUAGCAGCGAGGUUAGUGUAUAACAAUAGCGGGACCAUUUAGGUUGAUAUUUCUUAAAUGAAUCUGCACCUAAACCAGCGUCGUUAUUGUUCUGACGAUUGUUACCAAGCAGCCAAACGUGUCGCCAACAACAGGCGGCGCCUGAACAGGAAUUUCAUCUGACAUUUCUUUAUUUUGAUAUUUAACAUCGGGCACUUUUAAUUGAACUGUUGUUUUUCAUGUUCAGACUUUACGCAGGAGCAGUACCAGGAACUAGGUAUCUAACCUCAUCCAGAACUAGUAUUGGAACUACAAACAGUUCCCAGAGCUUUGUUUGUUUUUCACCACAGAACAUAGUACCAGGAACGAGAGAUGGUGCUCUGAAAUAUAUGUGCAGUAUUUUCCCAUAAAUUAGGAGUUAAAAUAAGGUCUGUGGUACACGGUACCAGGAACCAUACACAGUUUCAUCACAUUAACUAGCACCAGAAACUGAUGAGUUGACAAUGCAAGAACUGUCCCAGUACUGGGGACAGUACCAACAACUUACUGUAGCAGAAACUAGUGCUAGGAACUGAAGAAGGUUCUAGGACACUACAGCAAAAAGGGAAGGUUCCAAAGGAGAACUGUUGUCCUUUAACAAUAGACUCCAGACUCUUUUGCUGCUGGAACUAAUUGGAAUCCACACAGACCAGAGACGCAGAAAAACUAGCUGGAACUGUUUUACCAAAAACGCCAGAAAAACUGAUUUGUAGGAUCUUGACUUGGACCCAACCAUUAAGAACAAAAUAAAUGGUUCCUGGUUGUACCAGUUCCUGGUACUAUGUGGUGGAAACACAGUCGAUGCAGCCGUAGCGGUCACCGUCACAGAACAUGAAGCUGCAGUGGACAGAAUGUGAAGUAAACGGUGAACCUUGCACCACGUCAUCUGUGGGUGGAGCAAAAGCUCCACACACACCCACUCACAUCACCACCUGCAGCAACAGCAGCUCCACGGUGGGGUUUUUUUGUUUGUUUUUUUUGUAAAGAAGUAAUUCAUGUGCACUUGAUCGUGAUUCUGAUACUGAUCUUGUUCCUGACUCUGAUCCUGAUCCUGAUCCUGUUAACGAUCCAAAGUCUGCAGCUUCUCUCUGUCCCACUUCCUGAUCUCAUGUUAAGCCAAACCCUUGGUGCUCUGUGUGUGUGGGUGAAACACAGUGACAGGAACUGUCUCACUGGACAGAGAGGAACCCUGUUGAUGCAACAAUUCACUCAUUUCUAAGUGCUGUUGUUAGCCAGGAUGGGUCCCCCCCCCCCAACCCCCCCAGCUACAAGAACCAAUCUGAAAAGAAACUGACUCAGUAGAAACAUGGAGUAAAUUCAAAUCAAUAGACACUUAACAAAAACUUGAUUAAUUUACACGUCUGUAAUUCUCUUCGGUGUCGGUUCAAGCAUUUACUGGACUCUCAAACACACCUGAACAACAGGAACCUGAUGUUGGAAAACUGUUGACUCUCCCACAGUAAAGUCCAAGGAGAAAAUCAGCGAUUUUGGCUACCACACCAAAUUCCACAGAGAAAAUCAGUGAUUUUAGCUCACUGACAAAUUAAGUGAUUUCCUACCUCCAUCACAAUGUUCAAAUGUGUUAUUUUUAAAUCAUUUGGUCAGAUGGACCUUGGUGACACAAACAGACCCCAGGAGGCAGCAGGGGACCAGCAGCUCCUUUGGUCUGAGCUAAAAUCCCUGAUAUUCUCUAUGAGGUUGAGUCCAAGUUAAAAACACUGGUUUUCUCUAUGAGGUUUGGUCUGGAGAAAUUAAAGAGAAGAAGCAGAGGAAACAUUGAUUCCAGUUUUUCCCAAAGCUCUCUGCUGAGAUUUCACCCAGAACCAGCCUCUGUAUCUCAGCCUGUCUUCGCACGAGGGGGGUGAGGGGGGCAAGAGGGCGGGACUCACUGUCACCUCUAAAUGCAACAGCACUUAAAAAAAACCCAACAACAUUCCAUUCUGUUUUCACAUCUCUGUCACUUUUUGGAAUGUUGGAGAAGAAACAGCAUGUGGUUCUUUCCCUGGAUCUUCUUCUGAGCCAUGGUUGAGUUUCAGAGGUAGGAGCCGAGCGCUCAUCACUGCCUGACACUCAAGUGUGUAACGCUUUUAAAAAUGUGUUUUCUUCUGAUGAAGAUUCUGAAUACUGUAAAUAUGGUCAAAAUGUUGCCUCCAGUGGACACUGUGGAGAUGCUGUCCAACUCUGGCUAUGUCCACACCGCUGCUUUAAACAGCCACAGUUUUUAGAUCAGAACCUUGUUUGGUUCCACACUGAGCAUCUUCAGUGAUGCUGCUGGAACCAGCUGAACAAACUCAGCUGAAGGUCCAGUCCGGGGCUAGAAUUUGAGUGUUUUUUUGCACAUCAAAUUUCUCAGUUUUGGGUUUGGAUGAGCUCAUCAGUUGGUUCAUGAAUGUGUAGUUCAAACAACAGGGAACUCCAGACAUGUUUCCUUUUUUAAAAUAUUUAAUUGAAAUGAUAAAGUAAUACUCUUUUAAGACACUAGGAUAAUCUGGAUAGCAUGUCUUCUCACUGAUGAUGUCAAAAUGUUUUCAAGUAUUGGUUUUAUUUGGAUCAAAGUAACUGUUAUGUCACCAUGAAGUGAAUACAGAUCAGUAGUACUGCAGUACUUUGUCUUGUGCAGACCUCCGCCUGGGUGCAGGCUAUUUUCAAACUUUUGUUUUAGGACAUCUGCAAAAUGUUGACGGUAUUUUUCCGAAGAACAGCAGUCAUUUGUGACACCA